AGUAGUCAACUAUUUGAUUCCGGUUGUGACUAUCGAGUCUGACCCCCGGCUUGUGGAGGGCUGUUCCUCUGACUGAAGACAAAAUCCUUGGUUUAGUUUCUGAAGCGUGCCAGGGUGUCCCCCCUCUCCAUGUGUGGUCCCUAAUGGGCGGCUGGUCUCGCAGUGCCGUGCUGGAGCUGUAUCGGGCGCUGCUCCGUGCAGGGCGUCAUCUUCAGUACACUGACCGUAAUUACUACCGUCGCGCUGUGGCUCGCGAAUUUCGCCGCUGCCAAGCCCUGACGGUAGCUGAAGAUAAGGAGGACGCACUGAAGAGGGGCCAGUUCUUCCUCAACAGCCGAUUGGGUGGGCUUAUGUAGGGGGAAGGGGUUACAGGUCAUCUGGAGGUGGGUUAAAGGUCAUCUGGAGGUGUAUCUCCCAGCAGGAUGGCAGGGGUGAAUGGAGACCGUAAAGGGAAGAAAGAUGACAAUGGGAUUGGCACAGCCAUUGACUUCAUGCUUUCCAAUGCCAAG